UAACAGCGAACCUUCAGGGGGAUGCAAGAAGAAUGCGUGUAGAGGAUCAUGAAGAUGCGCCCAGCCGUUCCAAUUCUGCGUCUAGCGAAGGCCGUGGCCUCUGGAACGAGUGGAGACUCCUCAACCGUAGUUCGAAGUUCUUCGCAGCGAAAGCAGCCACCGUUGCAUCCAUCGGCGGACUUUUAUUUGGAUACGACAUUGGGGUGACUGCACCAGUACUACCGCAGCUGCAACGUGACAUGGGUUUCAGCUUGGGAAUGCAGGACAUGGUCGUGUCUACAAUGGUGAUGGGUGCCCUGGCUGGAUCGCUAGCGGCAGGGCUUUUGACGGACAGACUCGGGCGUUGGCUGACCAUAGUCCUCACCGACUUGACGUUUAUCGCAGGCGGCGUGGUCUUAAUUUCCGCUACAACCCCAGGAGGAUGGCGGAUCCUGUUUGGGUUGUCGGCAUGGUUGGCUGCCGCUCAGCUCGUGUUGAUGGUGUGGUUCAUGCCUCGGAGCCCAAGGUGGCUUUUGACCCAGAAGAGGCGUGAAGAGGCCACGAACAUCCUCCUCAAGAUUCGAAAUUCCCGGGACGAUGUGGAGACGGAACUUCGUCAGAUCGAGCUCUUUGACCGGAAUGCGAAGGGCAGUCUGAUGGAACUCACAACAGAGUGGAGAAUUUCGCUCUUGGUGACAACAGCUCUUUCUGUUUUCCAGCAACUCGGUGGGCAGGCGAACGUCCUCAAUUUCAACGUGGAAAUAUUGAGGGCAGCAGGAUUCAACGCGGCAGCACCGGCUGUUGUGUUAGGGAUGGUGAAGGUUUUGUCUACAAUCAUCGCGAUCACUUGGGUUGACCAGGUGGGCCGAAGGCCCUUUCUGUUGUGGGGCGCUGGCGGUUGCACCAUCAGCCUCUGUCUUCUGAGUGUGUCAUUUAAGAACGGCCAACCUCUUCUGUCGUUUUUGGCUUGCUGUGCAAUGGUGUCUUGUUAUAGCCUCGGCUUUGGGCCGGUCACGUGGUUAGUAACAGCCGAGAUGUUUCCCUCGUGCGUUAGGGGCAAGGCCCUCGGAAUAGGGCAGAUGGGGUCUUUUUUAGGGAGCCUCGUUGCCUCCGCAUUUUUCUUGCAACUCCUUGAUUCCAUGGGCGGGUUCGUGACGUUUGCUUUGUUCGGCAGCGUAGCGUUAUCCUCCACCGUGUUCGUCUACGCGCUAGUUCCGGAAACAAAGGGGAAGGAGCCGAGCGAAAUCGCUUCAGAACUCCACGAGUGUGUGGGCUGCGUUUCGUACGAGGCCAUGGUACGCGACGAACCAUCUGUCGACGAAUCUGGCCCAGAGAUGGAGCGUCCAAAUGACAGUACCCAAAAUUUGUUUUAA